UUAUCUUUCUUUCUUUCUUCUCUCUCCAUGAUUUAUUUUCUCUUUCCUAUUCUGCAUUUCUUGUUUUGAUUCGCCAUUUCUUUCCCUGUCCAAAUCCCUCCCUCUAUCUUUUUCAACAAAGAAUUAUUCGGUUUCGUAUUCCUCUUUCUUUUUUCAAGACACCACCCCCCCACCCUUCUCUUAUCUAUCCUCCCAUCUGCUGUUUCUUUCACCAUUUUCCUUUCCCGUCUCUGGUUUUAGUCUGCAACUUCCCUGAAAAAUGAAGAAAGUUGUGCUGAGGGUGGAAUUGCCUGACGGUAAAGCUAAGCAAAAGGCUAUGAAGACAGUCUCUACUCUCAAAGGAAUUGAUGCAAUCUCUGUAGACAUGAAAGCAAAGCUACUGAUGGUGGUUGGAACAGUUGAUCCAGUAAAUGUUGUGACCAAAUUGCGCAAAUACUGGCCAACUGAUAUAGUCUUAGUUGGACCGGUAAAGGAGCCAGAGAAGAAGGAGGAGCCAAAGAAGGAAGAGGCCAAGAAAGAAGAGGCCAAGAAAGAAGAGGAAAAGAAAGAAGAACCCAAGAAGGAGGAGGAAGCAAAGAAAGAAGAGCCAAAGAAGGAGGAAGCAAAGAAGGAAGAACCCAAGAAGGAAGAUGGGAAGGAGGAGAAGAAACCACCACCACCAGAUCCAAUUUUGGAGCUUGUGAAGGCAUAUAAAGCAUACAAUCCUCACUUGACCACAUACUACUAUGUUCAAAGCAUGGAAGAGAAUCCAAAUGCUUGUGUUAUCUGUUAAAGCUGUGAGAAAAUGGAUAUUUAAAGCUUCCUCCUGUUUGAAUCCCCUGUAAAAGCCAUGAGAGAAUGGAUUUGAAAUGCCAUUAAUACGCGUAAAGAAGAGGGAAUGCUCAAGGAGUUAAGUUUAAGCAAGCUUUUGUGAAUAUACUUGGUGUUUCCUUGAUUGAUCUGUUUGGUGCAGUAGUGAUGAAUUGUGCAGGGACUAGAGAAUGAGAGAAUAAAUGAAAUUUUGAUGUUGUUUAUGAACAUACAUUUGAUUAAUAAUUAAUUAGCAAUGUAUUUUAAUAUAUAUACUAUGCUCUUUGUAUGAUCUAGUACUGAUCUUUUUGUAUUUUCUGUUUUCCCCCAAUAACUAGUUUCAAUUUUU